GCCACAAAUGCAACGAUAGCAGCUGGCAAUGGCAGACAGCGAACCCCGAAAACUGCUUCCCAAGUUGGUUCAAGAUGGAGAACUUGCCCUUCUCAAGGAAGAGAUCAAAAGCAUCGGGGAUCUGAGCGGGGAGGUGAGGCGGAAGCAUUUUGGCCGAUCCGGGGACACGCUCCUCCACUACGCGGCGCGGCGCGGCCACCUGAGCAUUCUGCAGUAUUUAGCAGAGUCUUUGGAGAUGGACAUUGAACUGUUUAAUAAUGAUUACAAGCGGCCCCUCCACGAAGCAGCGUCCAUGGGCCACCGCAACUGCGUCUUGUAUCUUUUGGAGAGAGGAGCUGCCGUCGAUUGUUUGAAGAAAGCAGACUGGACUCCUCUGAUGAUGGCGUGCACGAGGAGGAACCUGGAUGUGAUUCGAGACCUCGUGCAGAACGGGGCAAACCCCCUGCUGAGAAACAAAGAUGGCUGGAAUUGUUUCCAUAUAGCCUGUCGGGAGGGAGAUCCUCAGGUCAUCCGGUACUUGCUCAACGUCUCUCCAGAUGUCUGGGACACAGAAAGCAAAAUCAAAAGGACGCCUCUGCACACAGCAGCUCUGCACGGCUGCCUGGAGGUCGUGACGGUCCUGCUGGAGCGGUGCUUGUACAAGCCUGACAGCGCGGACCAAUGUGGAGUCACCCCCUUCGUGGACGCAGUUCAAAACGGCCAUCUGGACAUCGCACGCCUGCUUCUGGAAAAGCACAGGGCUUGUUACACGGCUAGGGACAUGGUUGGGGCUCAGCCGCUACACCGGGCAGCAGUCACAGCCCAGGACAACGCCCUUCGGUUCCUUGUUUCCGACCUGGGUGUCGAUGUCAAUGAGAGAGCGACCUCCUUGAAGAUCACAGCUAUUCAUUAUGCUGCCAAG